UCCCAAAACUCGUCCGCAUUCCCUUCCACCUCUCUAGGGUUCCGACCUCCGAACCCCCUUUCCUCCUUCACUCCUCCGACGAAUCGUCUCUAGGGUUCUGAUCUCCGACCCCCUUCGACCUCUCGUCGACCCCCACCUCCGCCUCCGCACCCUUCCCCCCUCCUCCGCCGCCACCACCUCCGCCGCUUCUCUGGGUUUCCGCCCUCCGAAUUAGGUUUCUAGUCGGCAUGUACAUCAAAGAGAUCUGUUUGGAGGGAUUCAAGUCCUACGCCACCAGGACGGUGGUCUCCGGCUUCGAUCCCUACUUCAACGCGAUCACGGGGCUCAAUGGGUCGGGGAAGUCCAAUAUUCUCGAUUCCAUCUGCUUCGUGCUCGGGAUCACCAAUCUCCAGCAGGUCCGGGCCACCAACCUCCAGGAGCUCGUCUACAAGCAGGGCCAGGCCGGAAUUACUAAGGCAACGGUCUCAAUUGUCUUCGAUAAUUCUGCUCGCAGCCGAAGCCCUCUUGGGUAUGAGGACUGCCCGGAAAUCACUGUCACUAGGCAGAUUGUAGUUGGGGGAAGGAACAAAUACCUCAUCAAUGGGCACCUUGCCCAGCCUUCUCGUGUUCAGACCCUUUUCCAUUCUGUGCAGCUUAAUGUCAACAACCCACAUUUCCUUAUAAUGCAAGGACGCAUCACAAAAGUCCUAAACAUGAAACCACCAGAAAUUCUAUCAAUGCUGGAAGAGGCUGCUGGCACAAGAAUGUAUGAAAUGAAAAAGGAAUCAGCCUUGAAGACACUUGAGAAGAAGCAGAGUAAAGUGGAUGAGAUCAAUAAGCUUCUUGACCAAGAGAUCCUUCCUGCUCUGGAGAAGCUUAGGAAGGAGAGAACGCAAUACAUGCGGUGGGCUAAUGGCAAUGCAGAAUUAGAUCGUCUCAGAAGGUUUUGCAUUGCUUAUGAGUUUGUUCAGGCUGAGAAGGUACGAGAUAGUGCUGUAAAUGAGGUAGGUCAGAUGAGGAUGAAGAUUGCUGAGCUGGAUGAUGGCACUCAAAGGCUAAAAAGUGAGAUACAGGAAAUGGAGAAAAAGAUAUCCAUCUUGACUGCUGAGAAGGAAGGAAAGGUAGGUGGUGUGAUGAAGGCUUUGUCGGAGAAGGUGGAUACUCUUUCUCGCACUCUUGUGAAGGAAACUUCUGUAUUGAAUAAUCAAGAAGAAUCUUUGAAUGCCGAGAAGGAGGCUACUCAAAAGGUCAUUAAGAGUAUUGAAGACACAAAAAGAUCAAUAUCUGAGAGGGAUUCUGCUGUCAAGAAAGCUGAGGAUGAUGCAGCUGAUCUUAAAAAAAGAGUUGAAGGUCUAUCUAAGAAUUUGGAUGAGUGUGAGAGAGAAUACCAGGGUGUUCUAGCUGGUAAGAGUAGUGGAAAUGAAGAAAAGUGUCUUGAAGAUCAAUUAAGAGAUGCCAAAGCUGAAGUUGGAAAUGCCGAAUCAGAGCUGAAACAGCUGAAAACAAAAAUUAGCCACUCUGAGAAGGAGCUGAAAGAGAAAAAAGGGCAACUGGUUUCAAAAUGUGAUGAAGCGGCUGCUGUAGAAAAUGAGCUCAAUGCCAGAAAGAAAGAUUUGGAUGCUGUUAAAGCAGCCAUGGAAUCUAUUACUUAUCAAGAAGGCCAGAUGGAAGCUUUGCAAAAGGAUCGGUCUAUUGAGUUAGAAGUAAUUCAGAAGCUCAAAGAUGAAGUCCGUAUUCUUUCAGGACAGCUGGCAAAUGUUCAGUUUAACUACCGUGACCCUGUAAAGAAUUUUGACAAAUCAAAGGUUAAAGGGGUAGUUGCAAAGCUUAUAAAAGUAAAAGACAGUUCAACGAUGACUGCCCUAGAGGUUGCUGCUGGAGGCAAGCUGUUUAAUGUUGUUGUAGACACAGAAAAUACUGGAAAACAACUGCUACAAAAUGGAGAUCUGCAGAGAAGAGUAACAAUUAUACCUUUGAAUAAAAUCCAGACCAAUACCAUUCCUCCUAGAGUUCAACAGGCAGCUGUUAGACUGGUUGGUGAAGGCAAUGCUCGGUUGGCCCUUCUUUUGGUUGGAUAUGAUGAUGAAGUGAAGAAUGCAAUGGCUUAUGUGUUCGGUUCAACAUUUGUUUGCCGAAGUACCAAUGCAGCAAAGGAGGUUGCAUUCAAUCGAGACAUCUCCACCCCUAGUGUGACUCUUGAAGGUGAUAUUUUUCAGCCAAGCGGUCUUUUGACUGGUGGAAGUCGCAAAGGUGGUGGCGAGCUGUUAAGACAGCUCCAUGCAUUAGCUGAGGCUGAAUCAGAGCUCUGCAUUCAUCAGAGAAAAUUUUCAGAAAUUGAAGAAAAGAUUGCCAUUCUGUUGCCUCUUCAGAAGAAGUACAUGCACCUGAAAUCUCAGUUGGAACUCAAGUCAUAUGAUCUUUCACUCUUCCAGAGCAGAGCUGAGCAAAAUGAGCACCAUAAGCUAGGUGAGCUGGUGAAGAGGAUUGAACAAGAGCUUGAAGAAGCGAAACUGAAAGCAAAAGAAAAGCAACUUCAUUAUGAAAAAUGUGUUUUCACUGUUUCCGCUCUUGAAAUAUCCAUCAAGGAACAUAGCAAUCAUCGUGAGAGUAGACUCAAAGAUCUUGAUAAAAAGAUUAAAACCUUGAAAUCUGAUAUGCAGUCAGCUUCAAAGCAUCUCAAGGGUCAUGAAAGUGAAAGGGAGAAGCUUAUGAUGGAGAAAGAUGCUGUUAUUCAAGAGUUUGCUAUGCUUGAAAACCAGUUAGCUUCUUCAGAAACUCUGAUUAGUACUCUUACCACAGAAUUGGAAAAACAAAAAAGCAAGGUUGGCUCCAUAAAGCAGGAAUUUGAUCAAGCUGAAUCCGAAUUGAACUUGAGUCGCUCAAAAAUGAAAGAAUGUGAUUCACAAAUAAGUCACAUUGCUAAAGAGCAGCAGAUGCUUCAACAGAAACUUAGUGAUGCAAAUGUCGAGAGAAAGAAGUUGGAAAAUGAGGUAAAACGUAUGGAGAUAGAGCAGAAAGAAUGUUCCUUGAAAGUCGAUAAGUUACUUGAGAAACAUGGAUGGAUCACUACUGAGAAGCAACUGUUUGGAAAAAGCGGAACAGACUAUGACUUUUCAUCACGUGAUCCUUACAAAUCAAGGGAAGAACUUGAAAACCUGCAAGCUGAACAAUCUGGCCUGGAGAAGAGGGUAAACAAAAAAGUUAUGGCAAUGUUUGAGAAAGCAGAAGAUGAAUACAAUGAUCUAAUAUCCAAGAAAAACAUCAUUGAGAAUGAUAAGUCAAAAAUUAAGAAGGUGAUUGAAGAGCUGGACGAAAAGAAGAAAGAAACUCUGCAAGUAACAUGGGCCAAAGUGAACAAGGAUUUUGGCUCCAUCUUUAGUACGCUUUUGCCAGGCACAAUGGCUAAGCUCGAACCUCCUGAGGGAUGCAGUUUCUUAGACGGUCUUGAGGUUCGUGUAGCAUUUGGAUGUGUUUGGAAGCAGUCUCUAUCUGAACUCAGUGGAGGACAACGAUCUCUUCUUGCACUUUCUCUUAUUCUGGCAUUGCUUCUUUUCAAACCUGCACCACUUUAUAUACUAGAUGAGGUGGAUGCUGCUCUUGAUCUAAACCAUACACAAAAUAUUGGAAGAAUGAUCAAAGCUCAUUUUCCACAUUCCCAGUUCGUUGUGGUUUCUCUUAAAGAGGGGAUGUUUAACAAUGCUAAUGUCUUAUUCCGGACUAAAUUUGUCGAUGGAGUUUCCACAAUUACAAGAACAAUAGCCUCAAAACAGAGAUAAUAUUCUGAUGAUCUCUCACGUUCUUCACUGUGUUAGGAGACAUUCACUGUUUGUCCUAAUUCAUCUAAUAGAUGACUGUUGCCUCGGCCUAGAGGGAGAUGCAAAAAGAUAAAUAGCCUCAAGUUUGCUCUGAGAGUACUUGUGACUUCUAUUUUGUACAGUUGGUUGUUUCAGAGCAGUUGGUGUGGUAAAGAAGGCAUUUUCCGAAUCUGAAGCAAUAUCUUUGUAAUAAUAGAGGUUUCCUGUCUUCUCCAGUCACUGUAAGAUAAACAGAAUCGAGUGUAUUUAUUCUUACCGAAACAUGUAGGUGUAUUAUUGGCUUUAUGCCAUGCUAGAAAAAUGAGAUUGUGUACUCUUCACUCA